UCGAGAAAAAGAAACUUUCUCUUCAAGUCAUCGAUCGGAGAUAGGUAUAGAGACUAAGAUAUGGCGGCUUCUGACGGGAGCGAGUACCUAGAAUUGGAUGUGGAGGACGGGAACGAGACGUUCGUCAGGGCGUCGAAUGCGGAGUUGUUGAGGGAAGACGAGAACGAGCUUAUUUGGGCUGCGCUGGCCAGGUUGCCGUCGCAGAAGCGGUCCAACUUCGCGUUGUUGCGCAAGCCGGCCACGGAAAAGGACAGCGACGGGGAGAGGAUUGAGGCGGUCGACGUCAGGAAGCUAGGCCGCAGCGAUCGGGAGCUCGUCGUCAAGAAGGCAUUGGCCACCACCGAGCAGGACAAUUACAAGCUUCUCACCGCCAUCAAAGACCGUCUCGAAAGAGUUGGAAUAGAGGUUCCAAAAAUUGAAGUGAGAUUUGAGAAUCUGAAUGUCAGAGCGAAGGUUCAAGUUGGCUCGAGAGCUUUGCCUACUCUGGUCAAUAAUGUUCGAGACCAUAUUGAGCAUAUCUUGACUGGUCUGCAUAUAUUUCGCCCAAAGAUGCAUGACUUAACCAUAUUGAACAACAUCAGUGGGUUCGUGAAACCAGGAAGGAUGACACUGCUUUUGGGCCCCCCAGGCUCUGGGAAAUCCACAUUGCUGUUAGCUCUUGCAGGAAAACUUGACCCUACCUUAAAGAAAACUGGGAGUAUUACAUAUAAUGGCCAUAAGCUUGACAAAUUCUGUGUUCAGAGGACUUCGGCUUACAUAAGUCAAACAGAUAACCACAUAGCAGAACUAACCGUCCGAGAAACUCUGGACUUUGCAGCUAGAUGUCAAGGUUCUGGCGGAGGCAUUGCAGGAUUCAUGACGGACCUUACACGUUUAGAGAAGGAAAGGAAUAUAAGGCCAACUCCUGAAAUAGAUGCUUUUAUGAAGGCAUCGUCUGUUGGUGGUAAAAAGCAUAGCAUCUCGACGGAUUACAUAUUGAAAGUGCUUGGUCUUGACGUGUGUUCAGAGACGGUCGUCGGUAAUGACAUGCUUAGGGGUAUUUCAGGUGGCCAAAGAAAACGAGUUACUACAGGAGAAAUGGUUGUUGGGCCAAGAAAAACCCUUUUCAUGGAUGAAAUCUCCACUGGACUAGACAGCUCUACAACAUACCAAAUUGUCAAAUGUACACGGAAUUUUGUUCACCAAAUGGAAGGCACAGUUUUAAUGGCUCUUCUUCAGCCAGCACCUGAGACAUUUGAUCUGUUUGAUGAACUGAUAUUGUUAUCAGAUGGGUACUUGGUGUAUCAAGGUCCUCGAGAGGAAGCCUUAGAGUUCUUUGAAUCAUUAGGUUUUCGAUUGCCACCUCGCAAGGGAGUUGCAGAUUUCCUUCAAGAGGUGACCUCUAGAAAGGACCAAGCACAAUACUGGGCUGAUUCUUCCAAACCAUAUGUUUUCCUUCCUGUCUCCAAAAUUGCAGAAGUAUUUAGAAUGUCUAAAUAUGGAAGGUCCAUAGAUUCCUUUCUUUCUGUUGAAUAUGAUAAACUCAAGAAUCAUCCUUCUUCUCUGUCCAAGACGAAAUUUGCCGUAUCCAAGUGGGAACUUUUCUUGUCAUGCUUUUCACGAGAGCUGCUGCUGAUCAGUAGGCAUCGCUUCCUUUAUACUUUUAGAACAUGUCAGGUUGCAUUUGUAGGGUUUGUAACAUGCACGGUACUUUUGCGGACAAGAUUACAUCCCACGGAUGAGACAAAUGCCAACCUGUAUCUUUCCUGUCUGUUUUUCUCGCUAGUACAUAUGUUGUUCAAUGGAAUGUCUGAGCUUUCGCUGAUGAUAUUUCGACUUCCAGUUUUUUACAAGCAAAGAGAUAAUUUCUUUCAUCCUGCAUGGGCUUGGUCAAUUGCAAAUUGGAUUUUGCGGGUACCUUACUCGGUCAUUGAAGCCAUUGUAUGGUCUUGUGUUGUAUACUACUCUGUUGGUCUUGCUCCUGGUGCUGGAAGGUUUUUUGGGUAUAUGUUCUUACUCUUCAUGACGCACCAAAUGGCACUGGGUCUCUUCCGGAUGAUGGCUUCUCUUGCGCGUGACAUGAUUGUUGCCAAUACUUUUGGGUCAGCUUCAAUGCUAGUUAUAUUCUUGUUGGGCGGAUUUAUCAUUCCAAAAGCAAUGAUCAAGCCAUGGUGGGUUUGGGCAUUUUGGUUGUCACCAUUGUCCUACUGUCAACGUGCAAUUGCGGUUAAUGAAUUUAGUGCUCAAAGAUGGAUGAAGAGAUCUGCCUUUGGAAACACUACAAUUGGAUACAAUGUACUCCAAUCACAUGGUCUACCUAGUGAUAGUUUUUGGUACUGGCUUGGAGUUGGUGUUUUAUUAUGUUUUUCUGUGCUCUUCAAUAUCCUGGCUACUAUAGCCCUGACUUACCUCAAACCUAUCAAAAAAGCCCAGGCAGUGAUUAUGGAUGAUUUGAUGGAAGAGGGAGGUGCAGACAGUGGAAUCAACAAUUCUGGAUUGCAUCCAGUAACUGCUGUCAAGGAGGGGGCUAAACGGAAGGGAAUGAUUCUCCCUUUUCAACCCUUAACAAUGACAUUUCAUAAUGUCAAUUACUUCGUUGACAUGCCAAAGGAAAUGAGUUCACAAGGAAUACAGGAAAAGAAGUUGCAACUCUUGUCAAGUGUGAGUGGAGUAUUCUCACCAGGUGUUCUCACUGCAUUAGUUGGGUCAAGUGGAGCUGGUAAGACCACCUUGAUGGAUGUCCUUGCUGGUAGGAAGACUGGUGGAUACAUUGAAGGGGAUAUUAGGAUCUCAGGAUACCCAAAAGAGCAGCAUUCUUUUGCAAGGAUUUCUGGAUAUGUUGAACAAAAUGACAUACAUUCUCCUCAAGUAACAGUUUUGGAGUCUCUUUUGUUCUCUUCUUGUCUUCGACUUCCCAAAGAAGUGAACAAAGAAAAAAGACAUGGGUUUGUUGAAGAAGUGAUGAGAUUGGUGGAGCUUGACACUCUAAGGCAUGCUGUGGUGGGCCUUCCUGGUAGUAGUGGCUUAUCUACGGAGCAAAGGAAACGUUUGACAAUAGCAGUUGAACUUGUGGCAAAUCCAUCAAUAAUUUUUAUGGAUGAGCCUACAUCUGGACUUGACGCACGAGCUGCAGCAAUUGUUAUGAAAACUGUUCGUAAUACUGUUGAUAGUGGAAGGACAGUGGUUUGCACCAUACAUCAACCAAGUAUUGAUAUUUUUGAAGCAUUUGAUGAGUUACUACUAAUGAAACGAGGAGGGCGAGUAAUAUACGGUGGGAAGCUUGGCGUGAACUCACAGUCUAUGAUUAAUUAUUUCCAGGGAAUUCAUGGAAUCCCCCCUAUUGCUAAUGGUUACAAUCCAGCAACAUGGAUGCUUGAGAUCAGUACACCUGCAGCAGAGCAGAGAAUUGGUCAAGACUUUGCAGAGAUUUACAGAAACUCUCAACAGUUUAGGGAGGUUGAAGCUUCCAUUGAGCGUAUGAGUACUCCACCUCCUGACUCAGAGCCUUUGAAAUUUGAUUCCACCUAUUCUCAAGAUGCGGUUUCCCAAUUUAGAUAUUGCUUUUGGAAGCAAAACCUUGUUUAUUGGAGAAGUCCGUCUUACAAUGUUGUGAGAUUAUUCUUUACGACCUUGACUGGACUUAUAGUUGGCUCAGUGUUCUGGGAUAUUGGUUCAAAAAGGGACUCAGCUCAAAACUUAUAUGUCAUUCUUGGAGCUCUUUAUGCUUCAUGCUUGUUUGUUGGGGUCAGUAAUGCUUCAUCGGUACAACCAAUUGUUUCAAUCGAGAGAACUGUUUUCUACAGGGAGAGAGCAGCUGGAAUGUACUCCCCAUUUCCUUAUGCUGUAGCCCAGGGCCUUGUGGAGAUACCAUACAUUGCAGUGCAGACAAUGCUAUUUGGUAUAAUUACAUACUUCAUGAUAGACUUUGAAAGGACAGUUGGGAAAUUUUUCCUCUACACAUUGUUCAUGUUUCUCACUUUCACCUACUUCACCUUCUACGGCAUGAUGGUUGUUGGUCUGACACCUACCCAACACUUGGCUGCGGUCAUUUCUUCAGCAUUUUACUCGCUAUGGAAUCUCCUAUCAGGCUUUCUUGUUCCAAAACCAAGGAUUCCAGGAUGGUGGAUCUGGUUCUACUACAUUUGUCCAGUUUCAUGGACCUUACGAGGUGCCAUCACCUCUCAGCUUGGGGAUGUGGAAACGAUGAUUCAAGGACCUGGCUUCAAGGGAACCGUGAAAGAAUAUUUAGAGGUUAGUUUUGGCUAUGGCCCUGGCAUGAUUGGUGUUUCUGCGGCAGUGCUUAUCGGCUUUUGUAUCUUCUUUUUUAGUGUCUUUGCCAUUUCUGUAAAAGUUCUUAACUUUCAGAAAAGAUAAACGGAGAAACAAUCAGUAGUGCAUCGAAUUUACUUGGCCUCUCCAAAACAGAACAUUUCCUUAUCUGUUUCCUAGAUAUCGACCGAUUGUAAAUAUCUUUCAUGCAAGUUCUUCUGGGACAGUUUCCCCAAGCUGCUUUUCCCAGUUUAUUAGCUAGGAUUUUAC